AUGUCAUGGGGAGCGGCGCGGCGCCGGUGGGAGCGUGUGCACUUAGAUUUCGCUCAUCGAGAUCAGCAUUGGUUUCUAGUGCUUGUUGAUUCCUACUCCAAGUGGGUUGAAGUGUUUCUGAUGAGGUCAACUAGCAGCGAAAAGACAAUAGAAAAACUGCGCACAGUAUUUGCAGCGUACGGAUUACCGGAAGAAGUGGUAACAGACAAUGGCCCGCAAUUUACCUCGGAACUUUUCGAGACGUUCAUGAGACGGAAUGGCAUCCGGCACACAAAAUCGCCGCCUUAUCACCCGGCAUCGAACAGCAGCGCGGAGCGUUGUGUACAGACGUUGAAAGAAAAUCUUAAGCAGGUCAUGGACGAGCAGAGGAAUGGGCAGACGAAGUCUCUCCAGCACCGGAUCGACCAGUUCCUAUUCAAUUACAGGAACACGCCAACGGGUGUUACUGAAGAGACGCCGGCCCAGCUGUUCUUAUCGUGGAAACCUAGAACCAGAUUGAGCCUUCUCCAUCCAGAUAUCGAGCAAAGAAUGAAAGAAAAACUGCAGCGAACAAGGCAGUCGGCCAAUCGGGGACGGGGAGCUUGGAGAGACUUCGAGGAAGGAGAAGACGUCCUCGUGCAAGGACUACGCCCCGGGGAAGGAGAGUGGUUGAGCGGUAAGGUAAACAAACGCGUUAGUUUAAGCACUUAUGUGAUAGGGAUAGGGAACGAGGAAAGAUACGUGCAUGUUGAUCAUAUGAGACCACGAACAUUCCAGGAGUGCUUCCCGCCAUCGGUUCAGGUGCCGUCUGCAAACCCCGAAUUUCCAGCAUGCAGUCAAGCCGUUAUGUCUCGCAGGUCUUUAGGUUCCCCUGUACCCAUCGAUGGUGCACGAGAGACGUCUGACGCCGAGCAAGUCGAUGAGCAGGCAGACGAUGCCAACAAAGAACCGGUCCACCUACCGGACACUUCAUCGCCAGGCGGGGACUGCAGCGGGGGCGAGCCUCAACUUUCCCAACCGGAACUUCGACGCAGCACCCGACAAAGACGACCGCCGGACCGUUACUAA